UGAUGUCAAUAUUUAUUGCUGCCGAAGCCCUACCUCCCCAACCCACGCCAGCACUCCCACCCCAACCGCCAGCCCCACAACCACAACCGGCUCCUCAUCAACCAAGGCAACGGAGGCGUGCUAGGCCACCAAUUUUCCGACCCCGUGUCCUACUUUUUGGGAUGCCAGAUGAUGUGGUUGUACGUAGAUACAGGCUGCCACCACAUCUAAUCCUAGACACUCUCUCCAUAAUAGAGAGUGAUCUGGAGUCUGAAAUUCGGUAUCCUACAGCAAUACCACCAUUGACACAAUUCCUUGCUGUGUUACAUUUUUUGGCUACAGGCUCUUAUCAGCAUGUGGUAGGAGACCUGGUUGGCAUGUCGCAGGGCCAGUUCAGUAAGGUCCUGCGGCGUGUCUGCCAGGCUUUCCUAAAGCGUGUGAAGCAAUUUAUUGCUAUGCCUUUGGAUGUUGGUGCCCUAGAUGUGGUGAAGCGGCAAUUUGAGGAAGGUGGUAGUCGCUUCCCACAUGUUAUUGGGGUUGUGGAUGGCACACAUGUAGCUAUUCAGCCACCAAAACAUAAUGAAGAAAUUUAUAGAAACAGGAAACUGUUUCAUUCUCUGAAUGUAAUGGUUGUUUGUGGGCCAUCCCUCCAGAUCCUUUCCCUGAAUGCAAAGUUUACUGGAAGUUCCCAUGAUGCGUAUGUCAUUAGACAAUCAGGGAUAUGGCACAGAUUAAGAUCAAGUCAACGAGCAGACAUGUGGUUAUUGGGAGACCGUGGAUAUCCUUGCACCCCCUGGCUCAUGACUCCUUACCGUAAUCCCAGGCCAGGACCACAGACGGCAUUUAACUCCGCGCUUACUGCCACUAGGCAGCUGGUGGAGCGCACAAUUGGGGUCCUUAAAGGGCGGUUUCGUGUGCUCCACCGCACUGGUGGCGACAUCAUGUAUUCGCCGGAGAUGGCAAGUAAACUAGUGGUCCUGUGCGCUAUACUACACAACAUCGCGGUAAGGAGUAGCGUAGAGCUUCCUCAGACAGAGGAAUUGCCUGAUGAGGAGCCAGGGGUUGUCCGACACUUCGGUGGGGGGAGUGUUACACGGAGGGGGAGCCAAGUCAGGGCAAGCAUUGUUGCGGAAUAUUUCAGCUGAAUGAUCACACAAACUGUGGACGACCACAACGGCAAGCAACACAUGAGGCACCAUCUCAGCCCCCUUCCCCUUCUCACUCCCCCUCCACUUCCCAGUCCCCCUCCCCUUCUCACUCCCCCUCCCCUUCCCAAUCCCCCUCAGCUUCCCAGUCCCCCUCAGCUUCCCAAUCCCCCUCUGCUUCCCAGUCCCCCUCAGCUUCCCAGUCCCCCUCAGCUUCCCAAUCCCCCUCAGCUUCCCAGUCACCCUCAGCUUCCCAGGCCCACUCCACUUUCCACUCCCCUUCUCACCCCACCUCUCCUUCUCUUUCUGUGACCCCUUCUCCUCCUUCCCAUACCCCUUCUCCUUCAACUUCCAAAUCACCUUCUCAGCCCCCCUCACCCUCUAUUGGCCUAACAUUCUCUCCGCCCCCCUCGCCCUCUCAAUCAGACCCACCCUCUGAAAUAACAUCCCCAAUCCCUCCUCCUUCCCCCAUCCAGCCUCCUUCCCCCAUCCCUCCUCCUUCCCCAAUCCCUCCUCCUUCCCCAAUCCCUCCUCCUUCCCCCAUCCAGCCGCCUUCCCCCAUCCAGCUGGCAUCACCACCCAGCGAAUGGGCAGAAGAAGCCCCAGAUGGGCUAAGUGACAAUGUUGUGGAGGAAAAUUCUGCAGUUGGAGAUCCCAGCACUUUGCCUGAACUUUUAGGGCGGCUGAAAGCCCAUUUAAGGGAAGUGUUAGCAGAUAUCGAGGCAAUAGAAAA